CCAAUCAUAUAUAUAUAUAUAUAUAUAAAAGCGAAAGGGGUGCUCUCCAUAAUCUUACUGUUCAAUACUGUUAUUUAUUUAUUAAGUGUAAUUUGCAUGAGAAUAACCACUUGUCUCUCCCUCUAUUUUGCAUGUACAACGCGUAUUUACUUUUUUCUCAUGUUUUCAGAACUUUUUUCCCUCUCUCCCCAUUUUCCACUUACCACUUCGUCUCACUACUCCUCUCUCUCUUCCUUUGACACAUUUCUUUCUCUCUCCCAGCUUCCGUGUCUAUCUUCCCGCUCUCUCUCUCUCUCUCUCUCUCUCUCUCUACUUCCUCUGAAAAACCGGGGACUUCUAUCGCUUCUUCUUCAAGGUUUCUCCUCCUGCUUGCCAUUGAGACUAUACACCACCGACAAUACUAUACGCGUGCCAUCAAAACAAGUUCCUCAAGAAGAGCUAUGGUGCCAUAAAUGUUCAGGGUUUGAACUGCUUCAGGCGGAGGAGAUGCAGAAUAAAACUUUUUUGCCUUACAGGCAAGGACUGUUGGGAUGCAUAGGGUUCAGUUCCAAGAGCUACGGUGCCAUGAACGAAUUUGCUAGAAGUCUAAAUCUCGUCUCUUUCUUCGUCUACAGUUUCCCAAAGUAGUUCUUCGCCGGCAGCAUCACCCUCUUUAAAACAUUGGUCGGGCAUCAGUCAGCAUUGCUUUGUUUUCCCUUUAACAGAAAUUGUUCCCCCAGCUGCAGCCAUCUAUUUCAAACCAUAAUUUUAGCCGAAGCUCCCCUGUUCUCUUGAUCGGAUCAGGCCAAAAUCCCAUCUCAGAGGGAUAGAAGAACACUGGAAGAGCUUUGUUGUGAUAAGCAAGGACUGGGAAAGGGACAUGCUGGAUGAAUGAAUGGCUAUUGGAAUUGAGAAGCGCGGGCCCCCUCGCUGCUGUUCCUCGAGUCGGUGAGAAGGUCUUCUACCUCCCAAACACAUCGAGCAGGUUAAGGCCUUCUCAAAGCUUGAUAAUGAUCUGAAAAUGCCCAUCUACCAUAUACCUUCCAACAUUCUGUGCACAGUUGUAAAUGUUGAGUUAAAGGUGGAAAAGGAAACAGAUGAGGUGUUCUUUCAAAUAACACUUCUUCCAGAAACGAAGGUUAUGGGUUAUUCUGACACUGAUGUUGCGGAAUAUCUUUUUAAAGCAAAGCCUUUGAUUGAUGCAUUGGUAAAGUUUCUCUGCAAUGACCUUACAAAAGCAUGUGCAAUUGAGCCACCUCCGGUUCCUAAGUCCUCGAGACAGCUGAGACUGAACCUUAAGGUUGUAUCUCAAGCAUCUGCACCUAUUAACUGAUCUAACAAGGGUUCUCAGAGAGAUCUUUGAAGGAGUCCUAGAUGGCAGUGAUGAAACAGAUUUAAAUCCAUAUUCCAAGUGAAUACCUUUAAUAAAUUACAUACAAAAGGCUGAAUAGGAGUUCCAGAAAUUAAUAGCUUGUAGGAGAUUAAGUCAGAUCAUUCUUUAUUUCUUUCACCUUAGUGCUGAAGUUGAUGACGCAUUGAUUAUGGAUAAAGUUCAGUGAAUUCAUUGCAAAACACAUUGGAGAGAUGGAAGGCAUCUUGUUGGAAGAUGAUACAGGGGCUUUUCUUGGGAAACACCCAGGGUUUUGGUUUUAUACUAUUGAUCAACGCCAAGUUCUACGCCUUCUUUUUUUUUUUCGUUGUGUUACUGUCUUCACUUAUUACACCGAACAGGGGUUCCGCCCACCCCCUUCUUCUUCUUCAUGGAAAAACAGGGGCUCCGCCCAAUCUUUUUUUUAAUUGUGUUUCUUCACUUUUUACACUGAAAACAGGGGUUCCGCCCGCCCCCAUCUUCUUCGGUCUCUCUCUCUCUAUCUGUCAAUGUCUCUCUCUCAUAUCUCUCUCCCAUACGGACCCAGGUUCUAUCGGCGUUUGAUGCUGGUUUAUUUUUAUUGGCUAGGCCUGGAUAUUUGGCCCAGGCUCAGGAGUGGCUGAACCU